AUGUCUGUAAACAUGCAGCAUGUCUUUUUCGAAAUGCUAAUCUACAUUCAAAUAAGGGAUUAUUUUCUAGACAAUGAAGGAGAUGCUGAUGUAGCGUAUAAUGAAAUAAUCAGAUUCUAUUAUUUACAAGGAGGAUCAGUAUUUUCACCAAAGACAAUAUUUCUGAAUCCUUUUAGACCACCAGAAUUGAAACAUAAAACUAAUAAAGGGGCACCGCAAAAAGUUGUAGCGAAACCAUGUAAACCAUUACAGAUUCUUCGAACCCUUCAAUCAAAUUCUCAAAAUGAAACUAAUACAUUUGCUUCGGAAAAAAGAAAUACUAAAAGAACAAGAAAGAAUCUCCGAAAUACAAAAGAACCAACAAAAGAAGAAAUUGCUAUAAUGUUACAAAAACUCAAUCUUAUCAUGAUGCAAGCAAUUUAA